UUUGUUCUGAUCACGGUUUAGAACCAUGGUUCUGAUAGCUGUCGGACAUUACUUUCAAUGGUUUACCCAAACGCAGUGACUGUAAUGACCUGAGUUUUUGAAGUAAGUAAAAUAUUUUAUCGCGCCAUGAAUACAAAGGAAAAGGAAAAGUACAUUGAAGAAUUCGAUUUCCCGCACUGCGAUGAAUCAACGAAAUAUGAAAAAGUUGCUAAAAUCGGCCAGGGUACUUUCGGAGAAGUGUUUAAAGCAAAGGAAAAGAACAGUAACAAAAAAUUCGUAGCAAUGAAGAAAGUUCUUAUGGACAACGAGAAAGAAGGGUUUCCCAUCACAGCACUGAGAGAAAUAAAGAUAUUGCAGUUACUGAAGCACGAAAAUGUGGUUAAUUUAAUUGAAAUAUGCAGAACUCGAGCGGCUCAAUACAACCGUUAUCGAUCGACGUUCUACCUGGUGUUCGAUUUCUGCGAACAUGAUCUAGCAGGUCUAUUAUCUAAUGUAAACGUCAAAUUCAGCUUGGGUGAAAUAAAGAAAGUCAUGCAACAACUACUCAAUGGCCUAUACUACAUUCAUAGUAACAAGAUCUUACACCGAGAUAUGAAGGCUGCCAAUGUUCUUAUAACAAAAAACGGUAUAUUGAAACUCGCAGAUUUUGGACUGGCGCGAGCUUUCAGUGCCAAUAAAAACGGUCAAGUAAAUCGUUACACAAACCGUGUUGUCACCCUCUGGUACAGGCCACCAGAGCUGUUACUGGGAGACAGAAAUUACGGUCCACCAGUAGAUCUAUGGGGGGCGGGCUGUAUUAUGGCGGAAAUGUGGACUAGAUCACCCAUUAUGCAAGGAAACACUGAACAACAACAGCUCACGCUAAUUUCUCAACUAUGUGGAUCUGUGACCACCGAAGUAUGGCCCGGUGUAGAAAAUUUAGAGUUAUUUAACAAGAUGGAAUUGCCCAAAGGACAAAAAAGAAAGGUGAAGGAGAGACUAAAGCCGUAUGUCAAGGACCCCUUUGCCUGUGACCUUUUAGACAAAUUAUUAAUUCUCGAUCCCAGCAAAAGGUAUGACUCCGAUUCGGCACUGAAUCACGACUUUUUCUGGACCGACCCAAUGCCCUGUGAUCUCAGCAAAAUGUUGGCGCAGCACACUCAAAGUAUGUUCGAGUAUUUAGCACCGCCCCGACGACCGGGUCACAUGCGUCACCCGCAUCACCCAGUUCCUGGAGGUCCUGCCAAACCAAGUUCGAGUAUGGCGGACAGUGGUUAUCAGGAUCGCGUAUUCUAGAAUGUACAUAGACGCAACAGACACUGCUACACAAAUACAUUAUACCUAGAUAUAGUUAGAUAGAAUUUAUCUAACGCUUUUCAAAAAGCGUUGCUGUAUGACUGAAACGUGCGAUUGCAUUUCAAGAGUGUUGGACCAGUAGCGAUUUAUCUGGCCCAGUUCGUGUACAUUAGACUGUUAUAUAUUGUAAUUUUUUUUAAUUUAACACGUGUAAUAAUAUACGCAAAUAUACAUUUUCUAUAUCAA